AUGAUUCUUAGAACCACCAUAUUAGCAAUGCUCGUUUUCGAAACAUGCAUCUGCUUGGAUCCACCGCACAAAGAACUAGAGAAACAUCCUGAAUAUUGGAUGCACGAGGCAAACACUAGAUUGCGAGAAUCAUUGAAACGUUUGACGCCAAAUACCAAACCUGCAAAAAAUGUGAUUUUGAUAAUUGGAGAUGGAAUGGAUGUGGCAACAAUGACAGCGGGCAGAAUUUACAAAGGACAAAAGUACGGUACUUCUGGAGAAGAAUUUCAGACAACUAUGGAUAAAUUUCCUUACGUUGGACUGAGUAAAGUUUAUACAUUAAAUAGCCAAGCACCGGACAGUGCAGGCACGGGAACAGCAUUGAACACUGGGGUAAAAACCAACAGUAAAAUGGUUGGUUUGAGCGGACAAGCUUUACACAAUAACUGUUCAUCGCGUAUUGGAAACGAAAUUAAGACGAUUUUAGAAUAUUCAGCGGACCAAGGUAAAUCCACUGGAAUAGUGACAUCAACACACCUCACCCACGCAACGCCAGCAAGUGCGUACGCACACGCACCAAACCGUCAAUGGAAAACAGACGCAGACCUUACAGAAGAAGCAAAAUUAAAUGGGUGUAAAGAUAUUGGUUCACAACUUAUUGAACAUGGACGUAAAAUUAAUGUACUUCUUGGCGGAGGUCGAGCUUUCAUGCGGCCAAAGGGUUAUAAAGACGAGGAAUACAGUGACGCGGACGACUCACUCGGUGGACGAAACGACAGCAGAAACUUGAUUGAAGAAUGGAUCAAAUUAGAAGGAUCUGAUAGAGCAAGGUAUGUUUGGGAUCAAAAAGGAUUUGACAAUGUUGAUCCCACAAACGUCGAUCAUUUGCUCGGAUUAUUUGAACCAGGACACAUGAGGUUUGAACAUGACAGAAGCAAUGAUCUUGCCGGGGAACCAAGUUUAGCUGAAAUGACAGCAAAGGCGAUCGAAAUAUUAAGAAAAAACAGAGAUGGUUAUUUUUUGUUGGUAGAAGGAGGAAAGAUAGAUAUUGGACAUCAUUCUGCAAAAGCCAACAUUGCUUUGUCUGAGUUUGCAGCAUUAGACGAUGCAGUAAAGCUUGCAACUCGUAUGACAAAUCCAGACGAGACGCUCAUCGUUGUAACUGCGGAUCAUGGUCACAUGUUUACUGCAGGGGGGUAUGCUGUUCGCGGCAAUCCUAUAACUGGACUUGCUGAUGAUCACGAGAAACCCUUAAAAGCGUUGGACGAUGUGGCUUACACAAGCAUUGUAUACGGGACUGGAAAGGAUUGGUUGGGAAAUAGGGGAAAUAAAAGACUCAAUAGAAGUGCUUCUGAGUCAUUUCAAAUGGAUUUUGAGUUUCCUUCUGCAAUCCCACUCAAGUUCGAAACUCAUAGUUCGACCGACGUUGCAGUGAUGGCUCGGGGACCCAUGUCACAUCUACUCAGUGGAAUUUAUGAGCAAAAUUUCAUAGGAUAUCUUAUGAUGUACGCUUCUUGCGUAGGUCCUGAUAAAAGGCAUUGCCAAUCGCAAAGAAGAUUUCGUACAUGGGAUUGUUCAAAAUAUGCUAAAGGUUCAUUAUUUCAAAAAUCAUCCUACAAUGUGCGGUUUUCCAGUAUUUCAAGGCAGAACAAAAAUAUGCCUUGGUGGUGCAGGGAAGUAAAUGAAGCUGAAUGGACAGUCGUGAAACCUCUUUCUGCUCCCAAAACUACAUUUUCUCCUGCAACACGGCAAUCGUAUGAGCAGGACAAUUCCAGGCCAGGCCAAGCAAAUUUGACCACAAAAUCAAAUCUCCACCAGCGGUCUGAAUGGGAAUCACAAAUGUGGAAUCGGGCGCAAACAACUGAGGCUCCCAGGGCAAAAACCCCUACUCCUUCCGGGAAAUUCAAUCCUGAAGAAACAGCUUCAAAAUUUCAUAAGAGAAAAAAUAUUCAAAUUGGUAUUUUGAACAAGAGAACGCGUACGAACGUAAGAAGGAGAAUGACAACUGCCACACCUCGCCGUAUUUUUCGACGAGAACUAACAACAGAAUGCGAGAAUGACACAAUUUCUAUCUCGAACGGGGAAAACAAUAGGCCUAGCUCUACUCUGCCAACACCGAACUCACUGAGAUCAGGUCGAGGCAAUUUUUUAGACCGUUUAGCAAUGGUUAUUAGGUCACAACUAGAAUAUAGGACGAUAACGUCCAGUAGUAGUGGAAUGACUAAAUUGGAUUUGUCGUUGAUGCUUGAUGGUGAAACCAACAGUGAAAAACAUGAAGGAAUCUAG